AGACCCGCGACCCCCCCCCCCCCCCCCCACCAACCCCUUGGUUUCCCUCCGGUCUCCUCUGCUGAUCACUCCCUCCUCUCCCCACCACAUCCCAGUCAUGGCCCUGGUUCUGCAACUGCUGCCGGUGCUGUUGGCGAGGGCCCAGGGAGACCCCGGGGCUUCACUGGACGGCCGCCCUGGAGACCGGGUGAAUUUCUCCUGCGUAGGGGUCUCGCAUCCCAUCCGCUGGGCCUGGGCGCCUAGCUUCCCGGCCUGCAGGGGCCUGUCCAAAGGACGCCGCCCAAUCCUGUGGGCCUCAUCCAGCGGGACCCCCACUGUGUCUCCCGUCCAGCCCUUUGCUGGUCGCCUACGUGCCCUGGACCCUAGUAUCCGGCGGCUGGAGCUGCUCCUGAGCGCGGGGGACUCAGGCACCUUUUUCUGCAGGGGCCGCCGCGAGGAGGAGAGCCGUACUGUGCUGCAUGUGCUAGGGGACGGGGCUGACUGCAGGGCUCCGGGGCCUGCCCACGGGUCCAUGUAUGCCCAGCUCCUGAUCCCACUGCUGGGCGCUGGACUAGUGCUGGGACUCGGGGCGUUGGGCGUGGUCUGGUGGUGGCGCAGGCGAUCACCCCCGCCCCCGCCUCAACCACUCCCCAGAUUUGCUCUGUCCCCCCCAUAUAGAUCCACUGGUGAAAGUCGAGACCCAGAGGCCAGCAAAGGAGGAGGAGCCUAAGAUCACAGGGGAGCUGGACCAGGAGCCGAGCCUGCUCUAUGCAGACCUGGAUCAUCUGGCCCUCAGAAGGCCCCUCCGGUUAACCCCAGUGGUCCCUGCUGAUGCCUCCACCAUCUAUGCGGUUGUAGUUUGAAGGGAAGUCCUUAUUCCAAACCUCGAACCUCGCAAGCUGGGGCUUCUCAGCUCUCCACAACUUUCGGCCCCUCCUUGACUCCUCACUUGGAAAAGGAAUCCACCAUGGGAUAGAAUCGAGCACUAGCCUGAGAAUCAGGAGCCCUGGGUUCCAGGCUAUCUCUGCCACUGAUCUUGCUCCUUCAGCUACCCCAUCUCAUAACUUUCUUGUCUCCUUCACCACUGGUGCUCUUUCUAAACCUGAUCAAGCCCUGUCUCCCUAUCUUAAGACAUCAACAACUCCUAGAUAGUUGUCCUACUCUUCCCUUCCCUCCACAGUCCAGCUCUUUGAACCAGGGGCCUACACCCAUAUUUUCUUCUCCUUUACUCCACCCCCACUGCUCAUCUGCUCUCCAUGAGGUUGCCAGUGAGGUCCUGAUGGCCACACCCAGUAGAUUUUUUAGCAUUCAUCUGGCUUGGUCUUUGAUCACGCCCUUCUUUGAGCUCUGUUUUUCUUUAAUGCUGGUGUCUUCCUUUUGGACUCUUUUUCCUUGCUCCCUACCACCAUGGUAUUCCCCACCAUUCUAGGUUUGUCCUUUCUUUAUCGGACUUCCCUCUCUUUGGGAAUCUGCCAUCCACAGCCAGUUCUCAGCCCUCACCUCUGCAAACAACUCAGAACUCUCUCCAGCUCACAUUUCUGGGAAUGGGAUCUCCCAGCUAUCCCUGAGACAUCUCUGUCUGGUUGGCCGUAGGCAUUUUGCACACAGCAUAUCCAAAACCCAACUCAUUGUCACUUAAUACUUCUCUGCAUUCUCUGUUGAUCAACCCAGUUGCCUAAGCCAGAAACUGGGAGUCAUGCAGACCUUCUUCCGCUCACUCCCACACAAUGAACCAAGUCCUAUUUUAAUGUCACUGUGAAAUCCUACCCUUCUUCACGCCCAGGGCUACCACCUGAAUGUACUCUCAUUUCUUCCCUGGUCACCCAUAGCCCCACCUCAUCCUCUUGCCCUUGUCUUCCUUCCUCAAGCCAGAGGGGUCCUCCCCAAAUGGUAACCUACUCCUCAUGGCCUAUAUUCCAGAACUGCAGUAUUUCUUUCCAUAACCUUCAGCUCUGGAGCCAUGGGCCUUAGCUUUGGGUACAAGGUGCUGCAGCACUCUGCCUACUCUCCAGGUUUGUCCCUGUCACUCCACAUGCACACAACGUGCCAGCCUUGGAGAGAUUCUCCCCAGCCUCCAAAUAUGCCUUUGCGCAAUGCAAGUCCUUCUUCCUGGAUCACUCUUCCUCCUCCUCCCCACCACCUUCCUGGCUAAUUCUUCUUUAUCCUCAGUUGAAAUGUAGCCUUUCCUGGGAAGCCAUUCCUGACCCUCUUUGCCUACCUCUGCGUACAUCUUGAUGCCUUAGGCAGUCUCCUUAUUUAUCUCAUAGCAACAACAUCCUGUGAAUUGUUCCAUCACAACCUGUAUUUCAAUUUCAUGUACUGUGAGUUCCCUGAUAUCAGGAGACCGACCCUUUUUAAUUUUACUGCUAAGCCUCAGUAAAUGAGUGAAUGAAAAUGAA